AUGGCACAGCUCACGAGACCUAACCCGGUUCCAUUCUAUGAGGACAAUCCUUCUGAUAGCUACGAUGACCCUCAAGAGGAAGAGUACCACAACUAUCUUAGGGAUGCAAGCGCAUGGCUAGAAGACUACCGAGGGCGUGCAGAAUUCCUGGAUUAUUCACCGAAGCUAACAGGCAAAUUUAAAUUCGCCACGCCAACAGAGUGCGAAACCUUCGAUGCAGCUGACGGCAGCCUCUCCAACAUCCUCGCCCGAAUCCCAGCCGAAGUCGACGAACGGAUCAUGAUUCAAGAAGGCCCAUCUUGCCGUGCGUUCUUCCAGAAAAUACGGGAUCGUUUACCAAAGGAGCUUCGUGAGAUGGUUUUCGAACACAUCUUUCAGGGCACAUAUGUCUUGUUGAAAGCGAAUGACGCCGAAGCCGGGAACGAUGAUGAUACUCCGGUCUGUGAGAGGCAAGACAUUGGAAGGCACUAUCCUUACAGCUAUCUACUCAAGCCAGGAUAUAUACACGACCAUGAAGUAAGGACUGAGCUCAUCGAAGCAUGGUUUAGGACGUCAAACUUCAUCAUCACGGAUGCCGCACUCAUUCGCCCCUCUCUAGGAAAGUACCUAUGGAGCGCUGGCAUUGAUCCAGUGCAAUUCAUCAGACGAGUUGAACUCAAGACAAAACCCCUUGAAGCCCCCUUGAUGCGCGAGGCCGUAUGCAAAGAUCUGGAAUCUCUUGAAUGUCUCAACCCGGGCACAACCAUCACGAUUAUCGUGGAUUGGCCCCCUAGAUUGCCUUUUCUGCGGGAGAUCGAGAAUCGCGCAGCGUCUCUAUUCCCAGUGUCGCUGCGUAUGAGAAGUAUGGGAUACAAGAUGAUAAUUCAACCGUGGUGUUGCCGUAAGAUCGUGGUGGAACGAGGGAACCGCAGGGUGGAGGAAUGGUUGAGGGAGAAUGAAUGA